AUGAUGAACAGGGGGCCCCUCCCCCGACGCUCGGCAGUGCUAGCUGCUGCUGCUGCACAAGCAGAUGAAGAAACAGGGGCCCCCAAGGGCCUCCACCCAGCACCUCCACACCAAAUUGCCUCCUCUAAAAGACGCAAGAAACAUGAAGCUACAGACACUGCAGCACCGACUACAGCAGCAGCAGCAGCAGCAGCAGCAGCAGCAGCAACUGCAGCAGCAACUGCAGCAGCAACUGCAACACCUCCAGAGGCAGCAGCAGAAACAACAGCAGCAGAUGAGGGUCAACUGCAGCACAGCGUUCUUAGCGACGCCUUAAUACAGCAGGUGACGAAGUGCCCUGAUAGAGUCCCUAAGAUUGAAGUCCAGUUGCAGUGCAGCAGCAGCAGCAGCAGCAGCAGCAGCAGCAGCAGCAGCAGCAACUGCAGCAGCAAUAGCUUCAGCUGCCGAAUUACAUACCCCACUCUCCCCCCCUUCCGGGGGGUCGCGGUAUCCAAGGGGCCCCUCAUCAGUACAGCAGCAGCAGAGGGUUCCUACUUCAGCAGCAGCUGCAGCAGGUGCAGCAGCAGCAGCUCCUUGACCCCUAAUCCGGCGGUCCCUGAAGUAAGAGGCCGGGGUCCCCACCCUGCUGCUGCUGCUGCUGCUGCUAGGGCAAGGUUUGACCGUGCGCUGGAAGUAGCAGCAGCAGAUGUCUCUGCAGGGGCUUUGCGUCUGCCGCGGCUUUCGAUGAGGGUAGCAGCAGCAACAGCAGCAGAAACAGCAGCAGCAGCAGCAGCAGGGGGAGCAGCAUCAGCGGGAGCUGCUGAGGGUCAGCUUAGCUGCAGCAGGGAGAAGCGGCGGCAGCAUAAACCAGAAGAUGAUACAAAGACAGAUGCAGCGCUGCUGCGCUCUCCUGUGAAUUUCAAGGGGUAUGUAGGGGCCCCCAAUCUCGGAGGGGGCCCCCUUCCUGGGGGCCCUCUCCUUGUGCUGCUGGGGGGCCCCUCUGGCAGCGGGAAGAGCACGCUGCUGCCUCUGCUGCUGCACCUUUUAAUGCGUAGUUUUCCGCUGCUCAGCAGCUGCAGCAGCAGCAGCAACAGCAACAGCAGCAGCAGCAGCGGCGGCGGCGGCGCUUCCUAUCUGCUGCUGUCUACAGACGCACUUAGACAACUCCUGAGGACGGCUGCUGCUGCUGCAGGGGGCCCUGAAGCAGCAGCAGAAACAGCAGCAGCAGCAGCAGCAGCUGGGGGCCCCCAUCAGUCGCUUAUUAGGGAUCUUCUCUUCAGCAGCACUUACAAACUCAAACACAUUGCAGAGCAACAGCUGCAGCGAGCAGAAGCAGCAGCAGCACCAGGAGCAGAAGCAGCAGCAGCAGAACCAACAGCAGCAGCAGCAGCAGCAGCUACGCAAGGCAAUAAAGACAUCUCGCAGAUGCAGCACAAGAUAGAAAAUGAUAUAAGAGAAGAAUUAGGGUUUGUAAGGGGGGCCCCCGAGCCGACUGUUUGUUUAUCAUGCGGAGAGAGGGGCCCCUGCUCCUCUCUGCUUGGUAUGCUGCAGCAGGCGGUGUUGCUGCAGCAGCUUAUUCUAGAACCCCUUAUCACUUCCUUAAUGGGGCCCCCUACAACCCAGGGGGCCCCCAGCAAAGGGGGCCCCCCCCCCAAGCGGACCCCCAGUAAAGGGGGCCCCCUCCCCAAGGGGCCCACCAGUAAAGAGGGGGCCCCCAGCACUGGGGGCCCCCCCUUAAAGAACGGGGCUGCCGAUACCCUCAGCGAAGCUGGCAGCCCCGUAGAAGAAAAAGCAGCUAUUGCUGAGAAUAAAGAUGCUGCAGUAGGGGGCCCCAGUGCUGCAGGGGGCCCCCUUGGGGGCCCCCCUGGGGGGGCCCCUCAGUUGGUGUUAGUUGAGGGUGUUCAUCUAACGCCUGGGUUUGCUGCGCGCAUGCAGCGGCUGUAUGGAAGCCGUUGUUUGUCUCUUGUUGCUUUUUGCUAUUCUCGAGAGGAGCAUACAAGGAGGCUGGAGAAGAGACAGCCUGCUGCUGCUGCUGCUGCUGCUGCUGCUGCUGGUGCUGGUGAUGCUGAUGGGGGUGGGGCCAGCGGCGCUGCUGCUGCUGCUGCUGUUGCUGCCGCUGCUGCAGCCGCGGACGAAGAUGCAGCAGCGGCAGACAGAGAACGGCAGCAGCAGCAAGAAGCCCCAACGUGCAGCAAAUCGGAAGAACUAAGCUCUGAGGCGGGGGGAAGACAGAAGCAGCACGUCAGCAACAGCAGCAGCAACAGCAGCAGCAAAUCCAGCAGCUGCAGUAACAGGUACCUGCAAAAUCUCUCGUGCAUUCGGUGUGCGCAGCUGCACUUGUGUCUCGCUGCAGCUUCUACCCUCUCAAAGACCAGCAGCAGCGGCAUCAGCAGCAAGAGCAGCAGCAGCAAAACCAGCAGGACUAGCAGCAGCAGCAGCAGCAGCGGCUUGCAGGAGAACUACUUCCUCAGUGAGUUGUCUCCAAAGGGAGCAACAGCAGCAACAGCAGCAGCAGAUACUCAGGCUUGUCUUAAAGACCUCGCAAAGCAAAUUCUGGGGGCCCCCAGAUGGGGGCCCCCUGCAGGUGCAGCAAUUCCCCGCUGCUACCCAAUAGCGACAGACAGCAUCAACAGCAGUUUGCUGCUGCUGCAGCAGCUGGCGCAGAGCCAGUGGGCCUCCUUGCUGCAGUAA